AUGUCAGCAAAACCUCUUCAACAACGACCACUAGACUUGCUCUACGUCGUCUACUGUUCACUUCAUCUCUUGUUCUCCGUUACUGUCGACGUCCUCCCCUUUUGGCCCGCCUUCACCACCCAAGUUCCGGUCCUGAAGCAGAUGCACGGCGCUUUCACAGCAUUUGCGGAAGACUACACCACCAAGACAAAUGAUCCUUUUAAGCUUGCCACGCGUGGUCGCGUCCAGCGGGAUUGGGAGUUUUAUUCGUUUCGAGCGUUCGUGUGGAUCGAGUUGCUAUUCCUCAUUCCUGCCUUCAUAGUUGGCAUCCGUGACUUGCGCCAAAAUUCGACGAGGGUAUAUCCAGUUCUACUCGCAUACGCAUCAGCUGCUCUCGCGAUGACAGGCACUCACGUGGCUACUAUCCUCAAAGCACCGAGAGCUUCCGACAAGACGCUCGACGCAGUAUCGAAAUUCUAUGCAUUAAACGACAGUGGUAGAUCGUUGCUCGUUUGGGGGACAGCGCCUUAUAUUCUCGUCCCUGCAAUCAUGUGGGUUACCAAUAUGCCAGCAAAGCCUCUUCGAAAACGACCACUAGACUUGCUCUACGUUGUAUACUGCUCAGUUCACCUUUUCUUCUCCGUCACUGUUGACGUUCUCCCCCUUUGGCCGGUGUUCACCACCCAAGUCCCGGUCCUAAGGCAGAUACACGGAGCCUGCACGACAUUUGCGGAAGCUUACACCAUCAAGACAAAUGACCCUUUCAUGCUUGCGACGCGUGAUCGCAUCCACCAUGGUCGGGAGCCCCACUACUCGUUUAGAGUAUUCAUGUGGAUCGAGUUGUUAUUCCUUAUUCCUUCAUUCAUAAUCGGCAUCCGUGGGCUGCGUCAGGAUUCGACGAUCGUAUAUCCAGUCCUACUUGCCUACGCAUCAGCCGCUCUCGUGAUGACAGGUACUUACAUGGCUACUAUCCUCAAAGCACCGAGCACUUCUGACCAGAUGCUGGACGCCGGGUUGAAAUACUACGCGCUAAACGACAGGGGCAGGUUGUUGCUCAUUUUGGGGACGAUACCUUAUAUUCUCAUCCCUGCAAUCAUGUGGAUCGACAUGUUUGUCAGGGUCAGAGGCUUGCUCGCAGUCGCGCGUCGGGCGGAGGAAAUCCGCAAAAGUCGCUAG